AUGGUGCUGGACUCGGGGGAUCAGGUGUAUGAGCGGGCACCCCCCAGCCCGCCUGCCAGUCCCCCAUCUCUGCAUCAUAGGCUGAAGCCCUCAGACCGAGAUGGGCCACCGCGGUACCCCUGGUCUCAGUCCCUGGCCUUGCCCCUGGCUUUGGCAGUCCCCUCAGUGCUACAGUCCAAGCCUGAGCGGCAACCCUUGUCAAAGCUGUGCUUGGGCCACCGUGGCCACAUGCGUCGCAGUGAGAGCACCUACACUGUAAAUAUUACUGGCCAGCGAGGGUGUGGCACCCAGGGACAGGCUCCACCUGGACGAGGACGGAACCCAGGUGGGGGCAACCUGCGGUCUGCAGCCUCCCUGCCUCACAUUGCUAAGACUCGAAGGGAUGCAGGCCAUGGUGCCAGCAAGAGCCCCUGCAUGUUGGUGGCCCUGCGACCAACCAACAUGGACCGUGAACGGGACAAGUUCUUCCAGUCCCAUUACACCUACAACCCACAGUUCGAGUACCAGGAGCCCAGGCCCAUGGCUGUGCUGGAGAAGUACUGUGAGGCCUCUGGACAGUUCAUCCAUCAGGCAGUUGGCAUCAUUGAAGCUGUCCUGGAGAAGUUUGGCACCUAUGAACACUUUGAGGCUGCCACUGGGGGCCAGCUGCUGACCAAGUGCCAGAUUUGGUCCAUUGUGCGCAAAUACAUGCAGAAGGAAGGCUGCGCUGGGGAGGUUGUGGUGCAGCUGAGUGAGGACCUGCUGUCCCAGGCAGUGAUGAUGGUGGAGAACAGCCGCCCCACGUUGGCCAUCAACCUGACUGGAGCCCGCCAGUAUUGGUUGGAGGGCAUGCUGCGGCACGAGAUAGGCACCCACUACCUGCGGGGCGUGAACAACGCGCAGCAGCCGUGGCACAGCGCCGAGGGCCGGCUGCGGUACGGGCUGCGGCCAGCUAACCCCACGGAGGAGGGCCUGGCCAGCCUGCACAGCGUGCUGUUCCGCAAGCAGCCGUUCCUGUGGCGCGCCGCGCUCCUCUACUACACCAUCCACCGCGCUGCGCGCAUGUCCUUCCGGCAGCUCUUCCAGGACCUGUCGCGCUACGUGCAGGACGCGGACGUGCGCUGGGAGUACUGCGUGCGCGCCAAGCGCGGCCAGACAGACACCUCGAAGCCGGGCUGCUUCAGCAAGGACCAGGUGUACCUGGACGGCAUCGUGCGCAUUCUGCGACACCGCCAGACCAUCGAUUUCCCGCUGCUGACCUCACUGGGCAAGGUGUCCUAUGAAGAUGUGGACCACCUGCGGCCCCAUGGGGUGCUGGAUAAUACCCGGGUACCCCACUUCAUGCAGGACUUGGCACGCUACCGGCAGCAGCUGGAGCACAUCAUGGCCACCAACCGGCUAGAUGAGGAGGAGCUGGGCCGCCUGCUGCCUGACUGAUGUCGGUUGAGGGCUGCAGAUCAG